AAUUAUUAGAAACACCACAUGAACAUGAAUAUUGAUCGCUGAGUAGUACGCGAGACAUAGACAUGCGCCGAUCGUUUCUGUCAUACAGACCAGAAUCAUGCGUUGUUUUUGUGUUUUUCGGUUUUUUGUGACAUUUAUUAUAAUUUUUCAGUUUGUUAAUAGUGAAAAUUCACUAAAAGAAAUUAAUAAAUUUACUGAAGAUGAAUUGCAAAUGUGUAUUAGUAGUUUUUCCGUUCAUUCAGACAAAAUCAUUAGAACUCAAGACUCUCUCAUGCUUGGAGCCAAGUAUAUAAUGGAAGCUGAGUUGGAUAAUAGGGAGGAUUGUUUAAAACUUUGUUGUAAAACUAAGGAAUGUGAUGUAUUUAUUUUUGAAGAAAAAAAACAAGGAAGUUGUUAUCUGUUUCAUUGUGGUCCACCUCAUGAUUUCAAGUGUAAGUUUACGACCCAUGCGAACUACAGUAGUGCUGUGUUAACAAAUUUAAAUUAUCGUAAUACGAUUCACCAUGAGGAUCAAAUUAGGAGAAGUCAACAAGAACAUGAGUUGAAAUCUUUGCGAAAAAUGAGGGACAGAUCAUCAAUAGAAUACGUUUAUACAGAGGCAAGUGGUCUUGUAAUAACUGAAUCUCCACAAUCAUUAAUUUCAACAACAUCCCCACCAAAAACGAUAUGUCAUCGCAAUCAGUAUGAAUGCAGAACUUCUCAUGAUUGCAUAGCAAUUUAUAAUGUUUGUGAUGGAAUUCCCCAGUGUGCUGAUGGAUCUGACGAAGCUUCAGACCUUGGAUGUCCAACAGAAAAACCUACACCUCCUCCACCAGUGCUUCAAGAACAAAUACUUACAGCUCCAGAACUCUCAAAAUAUCCUGUUAUUCUCCCUCAUCAUAAAAAUUAUCCUCCAUUUUAUAAUAACCCAGAAAUUCCUGCAAAAGCAUGGCAAAGUCUUCCUCAGCAACCAGGACUUCAGUAUCCAUCUCAACAAAUGAUGCAUUUGUCUCCAAAUAAUUAUGGGUCUCAAGGAUAUGCAAAUAACUGGGAUUAUCGUCAAAUGUAUGAUCAAAACAAAGAAUCUUAUCCAUCACUGAAUAAUUUUCAUGGAAAAAAUGACAUAACUCAUUACGAUCAAGAGUCAUCACAUAUUUUUAACCACAAAAAACCAGGGAUGUUGGUGGAAAAUGUUGAAGAGAAUAGAGAAGUCGGAAGACCUUACAUAGAAUCUGAAAGGCCUUAUGAACCGUAUUAUCCUAGACAGAAUCAUGAAAGUUGGCAUGAAAAUCAAGCUGUAGAAAUACAACAAAAAUCUCAGCCAACAGAAUCUCCAACAAUAGAAAGACAAGAAAUUAAAGAAACGAGUGAUGUAAAGAAAACUGGACCCAUUAUAAAAGAAAACAAGCUGCCACCUGAAGAAUCUUCAACAUUGAAAGAAAAUUCAAAUAUUAAAAAAGAAUUGGAAACCCAAAAAAAUGUCCACCCACCUAAACAAUUGGAUUUAUCAGUUUCUAAAACUUCACAUGAUAAAGAAAAUAUUACAAUGAAUCAUCCGAACAAAUCAAUAGAAACCUUAAACAAACCUAUAGAAAAACAUGAAGAAGUAAGAAUUCAUCAUUUUGUUGCGGAACAUCUUCAACAAAAUAAUAAUAAAAAUAGUAAUGCCAUUUUAAAGCCUAAAGGUGCUGUUAUAUCACUUUCAAUUGGUGUUGUAGUGACUUUAAUAAUGAUCAUGUUGAUAACGUGUCGAUUAAGAAUAGUGAGAAAACGUGGACGUCGUCAUGGUCCCUUUGCUCAUGAUGCUGAUUAUCUCAUGAAUGGAAUGUAUUUAUAAAUCUCCAAAUGAUUGAGUAAGAAACAAAAAAUACAAAUAGUAUUAAGUGAAAUUAAUUAUGAAUAUUAAUUCUAUUAAAGUUACUAUAACAGUUUAACUGGUUGUUGUAAU